AUGCCUUCAUUCCCAGCACCCCAGCACAGCAUGUCGCUCUCGAAUCAGCCGGGGGCCCUGGGGGCGAUUGCUCGCUUCUGGCAGCGCACAUACGCCGCCGAUUAUGUUGCUUUGGGGAUCGUUGCGACGGGAUUCGUGCUGAUCCAAAUAUUCAUCACUCCCUUUCACCGGAUGUUCUAUCUCGAUAACAUGGCCAUUCAGUUUCCCUUUGCGAAAGUCGAGCGGGUUCCUAUUCUAUGGUCGAUUGUAUACUCGGCCGUUCUUCCUGCCACAUUCAUCUUCGCAUGGGGUCUCAUCACCCGGCCAUCCGCGCACAAAUUCCAUGUCACCCUCCUGGGUCUCGGCGUCUCUCUGAUGGUUACACCAUUCAUAACGGACAUAAUAAAGAACGCGGUGGGCCGACCUCGUCCAGACCUGAUAGAUAGAUGUCAACCUGAGCAGGGAACAGCAGCGCACAGACUCGUGACAUUUAGCAUAUGCACACAAUCCAAUGAACAUAUUUUGCAGGAGGGUUGGCGCAGCUUCCCGAGUGGACAUAGCAGUUUUGCCUUUGCGGGACUAGGGUUUCUUUCGCUCUUCAUAUCCGGACAACUACACGUCUUCCGCCCCCGCGCUGACCUCGGUCGAUGCCUGUUUGCAUUCCUCCCCACCGUCGGUGCAGCCCUGAUUGCAAUUUCCCGCUGCGAAGAUUACCGUCAUGAUGUCUGGGAUGUUAGCGUAGGGGGUAUUUUGGGAUCAUGCAUCGCAUACUUCACGUAUCGGCGGUAUUAUCCGUCUCUGAGGGACAGGCAAUGUCAUGUCCCGUAUGACCGCACAGAUAGUGCAUUGUAUACGAUGGACGGGUUUUCCAAGUUCGCAGACGAUGAGGAGAGACUAUUGGGUGUGGGCCUCGGCCAGCGGCAGCGGGGAACAAGGGAGUCGUCACAGCGGAGGUUGGGGGAAGAAGAGCCGCAAAAUCAAAGGGGAUGGGAGAGUCCGGAGGGAUCGAUACAUAUGGACAAUGUCACGAGCAGCCGGGGAUGA